AUGGGGAUCAGCUUGAUGAUUGGCCAGAUUACAGCUAUAUAUGGCUCCCUCAUACCUGAUGCGCUCAACGACAGCACCGGAUUCCCCUUCCUUUACGUGUUCCGCCAAUUCCUCUCAACCUCCGGUGUGAAUGGCCUGACAGCCAUAAUCUUGAUUCCGGUUAUAUUCAGCAACAUCCUCUUCAACGCAUCAACCGCACGUCAAACAUAUGCGUUCGCACGGGACCGCGGUCUACCCUUCGCAGACUGGAUCUCGCGAGUUGACCCACAUCGGCGAAUUCCAGUACGAGCCAUCGCACUUUCGUGUAUGAUCAGCGGCCUAUUGUCGCUAAUCAAUAUCGGCUCGCAAGUUGCAUUCAACGCAAUCAUCUCUCUCAACGUCGCUGCACUCAUGUAUACAUACGCGGUAUCAAUAAGCUGCGUUAUUUACCGAAAGAUUGCCUGUCCUGAAACGUUACCUCCUCGACGAUGGAGUCUUGGUCGUUUCGGUCUUGGAAUAAACAUCAUUGGCUUGCUUUAUGUUAUUUUCGCGCUUUUUUGGUCUUUCUGGCCUCCAAGCCCUUUGCCUUCAGCGCGAGAUUUUAAUUGGAGCGUGGUUAUUUUCGUUGGGGUGUUCAUUAUCAGUCUCCCGAUGUAUCUGUUCCAGGGACGACGACAUUAUGUUGGCCCUGUUGUAACUGUUCAGCGAAACGAUUGA